CCCGACCUCAGGGCUGGAUUUCCCGUCCCGACUGAGGCGCUGCAGCUGCGUUCCCAGCACCGCGAACACCCCACUCGGCUGUUCCUCUCCGCGACCCUGGUGGCGGCUUCCCGGGGGUGGACGUCCAGUGGAAGAAAAAGCGAGCAAGCGGCGUGACCCGGAAGCAUUCGCCAACGCCACGCCCCUCACGCCCAAUAGUGCGGCCCGGGGACGAGCUACUUCCUUUCUGCGCUCCCGCGGCCUAGCGAGCAGGCAGGACCUCGACAUGCAGAACGACGCCGGCGAGUUCGUGGACCUGUACGUGCCGCGGAAAUGCUCCGCGAGCAACCGCAUCAUUGGUGCCAAAGACCACGCGUCCAUCCAGAUGAACGUGGCCGAGGUUGACAGGGUCACAGGUCGGUUUAAUGGCCAGUUUAAAACCUACGCUAUCUGCGGCGCCAUUCGCAGGAUGGGCGAGUCAGAUGAUUCUAUUCUCCGAUUGGCUAAAGCUGAUGGAAUUGUCUCCAAGAAUUUUUGAUCAGAAGAGUUCGGGGGAAAUCUGUCAUAAAUAAAAGUGAGAAAAAGUACCGUU